GGAAGGACGCAUAUAUAAAAAAAGAUUACCAAAAAGAACCACCUUCAUUUUCACUUCCAAUCAACUGAAGCCAUGAAGACUUUCUUCUUAGCUUUCUUCUUAACAGCUUUGAUUUAUGUUCCAGCUCUAGCAGGUCUAACAAGGAUCCGUCUAGUUCGAUUUGAUAGUAUCAACAGAAUUCUUCGGAAAAAAGGAGGAUUGGAACAGUUUCAGAAAGAUCAUCAGCCUGAAAGUUUUGUUCAAAACUACUUUAAUUGCUUCCCAGCAGAUACUUUUUUGGCUGCAGGACCUACAAGAGAAAAACUCUGUGAUUACAUGCAUGCUCAGUAUUAUGGGAAGGUGAGUGUUGGCACUCCGCCUCAGAAAUUCACGGUGGUGUUCGACACUGGCUCUGCGGAUUUUUGGGUUCCGUCAGCUUACUGCUACAGUGAUGCCUGUGAGAGUCAUAAAAAAUUCAAGUCCUUUUUAUCACAAUCCUAUGCACAUGGAGGGAAGCAAUUUUCCUUACAUUAUGGUACUGGAAGUCUCAGGGGAAUUGCCGCCAAAGACACAGUGCAGAUAAGCAACAUAACGAUUGAAGGGCAAGACUUUGGAGAAUCGAUCUUUGAGCCUGGUAGGACCUUUGCUGAAGCGCACUUUGAUGGGGUGCUGGGCUUGGCUUAUCCAUCCUUGUCCGUGACAAACACACUUCCAGUAUUUGACAAUAUAAUAAAUCAAGGGUUGGUGGAAAACCCCAUGUUUUCCUUCUUCUUGAACAGAGGAAAUGACUUCGAGAAUGGGGGUGAAUUGAUACUUGGAGGUAUAGACCAUUCCCUCUACAAAGGAUCCAUUCACUGGGUUAAUGUCACUAAGCAACACUAUUGGCAAAUUCACAUGGAUAAUGUGAAAAUCCAAGGGCAGAUAGUAGCUUGUGAUUCCGGCUGUGAAGCCAUUGUAGACUCUGGUACAUCUCUCAUUGUUGGCCCUAAUUUGGAAAUAAAAUCACUACAAGAAAAUAUUGGAGCCACCCCAAUUUCAUCUGGUGAGUUUUUUGUAGAUUGUAAAAGACUGUCCAGUUUGCCCUCGAUAACCCUUACUAUUGGGGGGAAGGAGUUUACUCUAUCUGCAGAGCAGUACAUAAUCAAGGAAACCAGUGGAAAAGAUGAUUUGUGCAUCAGUGGUUUUCAGUCUUUAAAAAACCUGGAUUUUGGCAGCGGCAACACAUCACUGUGGAUUCUAGGAGAUGUAUUUAUGUCUGCUUUCUAUUCUGUCUUUGAUCGUGGGCAUAACAGAGUUGGAUUUGCCAAAGCUGCUCAUCAAACAAAGGCAUUAUCCAGGAAGAAAAAAAUAAUUCAUUGAUGGAUCUUUACUAACAUUAAUAACCCUACUUUACAAGCAAUGAGUAAAAAUCUUUUUUGUAGGGAAGGAAAAUGGCAAAAAUGAAGUCCUCUUUCAUAGCUGGAUUCCCAUCCGAGAGGCUUAAACAUUUGUUGAGGAAUGAGUUUUAUUAUUCAAUCAGUGAUCCAAACUUCGGUGCUCAAUGAAAUAUUCAUGAUAAUAUUAAAUCAUAUGGUCGAGGCAUGAUUACUAGGAAGUAAGCGUGUGUGUGAAUCACAGAAGGCUUAGUUUACAAUCCUAUACUCCAGGGUUGGGGAAUGUUUGGUCCUCCUAAGUGUUACAGAACUGCCCAUCUCAUUAGCAAAUGGUGAGAAGAGUUGCAAUCCAGCAAUAUCUGGAGGGUCAAACGUUCCCCAUCCUGACAAUACACAUUGAUUGAGGAAGAUGUGCUGUUGACAACAGUGCAACUUAAAAUGUCAACAUUGAUGAGGGAAACCCAUUGAUUGGGCUUUUGCUCUAGGAAUUGAUUGCUAACCGACAGGACUGCUGACUUAAUUCUUCAGAGUUUGCCUAGUUCUUUGCCAGCUGCCUUGCUCACAGGCUGUCAGGAGUCAGAAUUACCUUUCCUGUGGACCACGUAAGGCUUAACCUUCUUCACAUGCUUGCUGCAAAACAUGGUAACAAGUAUUCUGCAUGAUGUUCGUGUUUUCCAGUGAUUGUAGAGAGAAGAUUAUACCUUAUUUUAUUAAUUUAACAAAAAUCAGGUCAGUUUAUGGUUUAAUAGUACAGUAUAAAUAAAAGCAGGCCAGAGUAUGGAACUGGGGUGGGCGGGUGCCAUUUGGUCUUUCACCACAGAUAGAAAAAUGUUUUUGGCCAGCAUUGUGUCACCUUAUAGAAUAGCAAUUUUUAUUUGGCUUAAGCUUUUGUAGACUGCAGCCCACUCCCAAAGAUGCCUGAAGGAGCAGGCAGAUAUUUAUACAUAUUCUCACUAGGUGUGUGACAAUAGUGGGGAAUGUCAAAGAAUAUGAUGUUUCUAAGCUCUGGUUCUAAUUGGUAUCUGAGUAGAGUACCAAGUCUAGAAAUCUGACCUAUGUUAAUUAAUACAGAACACAAGGGAGUGAUACUAGGGCAGAUAAUGCAGAUUUUAAAACCAAGCGCCAAAGAGCUCUCUUUGCCGCCAGAGACACAUCUUCUUGUGUCAACUCUAGAUGAGACACUGAUUCCAUAUCGAGAUGCAGUGCUUUUAGGGGGGAAAUUGUCCUGUUUAUUCUAAUCUUCCCUCAAUAUUCAUUUAACAAUUACCUUGCUGUCACUUUGUAAUCAAUAGUAAUCAAUAACUGGCUUUGUUUGCAUGCCUGAAAAGAUAGAAGAAGAAUAAAUAUACAUUUGCUUUAAAGUGUGAUCUGCAGGAGAGGGGCGCUGAACAGGAUGGCAGUAACACACAAAGGAGGUACUUCUGAUGAUCCCUAUGCCCAUCAACAAGUUUGUGACCUUGAAGAAUGUGUUGGCCAGAGCUGUUGGGACAGGAAAGUCAGCCAGACAGGGAAG